CAUGAGCUUGCUUAAACAUUCCGCAAAGGCGAAGGCGAAAGGGCUGAACAUUCUUAUUACAGAACCCACUGAAGCGUUGAGGAAGUUGAGUAUAUUUGUAGAGGAAAAAAUAGAUGAAAGGGAGGAGGAGACGCUAGCGGAAUGUUUAAGCAAGCUCAUGCUUGAGCAGGACGAGAUCUAA